GGUUCGACUGUUUGAUGUUGUUGCUGCUGUUUGUUUUUUGCUUUUUUUGCUCCGAGUCCGGAAUGAUGAAUGGACAAUCAAGAGCACUCCAGAGUGUGUAUCAAUGAGAUCAGUUGUUUAUUUCUGUCUGUUCUGUUCCAUCCAUUCCAUCAUUCAGGAUGAUUCAGCGUGUUUGGUGAAAAUAGUUUAGAAACAUUUUGUUCGAAGAUAUAUUUUUAGUUUGAUGUUUUUACGCUCUAGGAAAUAUAAUGGAAGAGGAAGAGAAUUUGUGUAAAGUUGAGACCAAUGAUGGAGAUUUGUACUUGCUAAUUCGACAGAACGAGAUUGGGUUCGACCUGGUUGUAACCGAUGGCUGCACAAUAUGGGAUACAACUGUUACAGAAGAUUUGUUGCAAGAAAUGGCUGGAAAAGUUGAAAUGAGUUCACAGGAUUAUACAAGACAAACAAUCAAUGCUCUAACAGCCAACAGUUCAGAAACAGAAACCUUUAUUUAUCAAGCAGUCAAGAAUGAAGGCACUCUAGAGUUUAGUUGGAAAAAACAGUUGGAUUAUGGCGUAAAGUUUCAGCUGGGAUCUGUCACUUUAAAUUCAAGUAAAGAUAGCACAGUAUUGAUGAAAAAGAUUUUAGAUUUUGCAAUAAAGAAAGUUUACAAUUACAAGGAUACAAUCGCAAAUAUGCAAUGUGAAAUGGACCAAUUGGCGAGGGAUAGAGAAAGUGCUAUUUCGCGUUUGGACAAAUGUAUAGUUGGAAAAGAAGAAAUGGAAGUAGAUUUAUUUCAAAAGUUUGUUACAGUUUUGAACGACAAAAAAGCUAAAAUACGGAGACUUCAGGAAACAAUCCAACAGCAAUCAACGGAACCUAAUCCAACCGUUAAAUCUACUGCUGAUUUAAUUGAAGAUGACGUCACAGCCGAUAAAAACAGAGAUGGCGAUACUGAUAUUGAAAUGGAGGACUCACAGAACAAAGACGCAGUUAAGGACACAGCUAAAAAAGCGACAACAUCAAAUAUUGGGUCAGAUUUGUUUCAAGACGAGGAAGACACCGCUCCAGUUAGAAAACGAAGAAGAAAACAGCCAUCUAGGAAACCAGCUAGAACUCCUUCUAAACCAGUUUUACCUGAAGUGAAAGUUACUCCGAAAAGGACUCUCAGUAACACCAGCAGCAAUUCCAAUGAUAGUAAACAAUCAACUGGUAGCGCUACAAGGCGGUCACAAAGAAACAAAGCUCCUUCAACUUUUCCCGACGAUGUCGAAGACCUGUUUGGUGAUAUGUCAUAAAUUAUAUAUCGUCUAGACGACUGCACGUCGUAUAAUGCUACACUGAGCGAAAUAAGUGUGCUUGUUUUCACUUUUUAUGAUAGACAGUCUUCAAGUUGUAAAAUACCAAUAUACUUCAUAACCGAGCACUUCAAAGACUCAAACGAACUGUAAUGUUCUGGAGCAUUGCAGUUAAAUAGACUUCACAUCCCAUUCUUCAAUCUUUAGUUGUUAUGAGCUAUCCAGUUGUUAUGUCUCCGUUUUCCACGAACACAAUCUCAUCUUGAAUCCUAAAUCUGACCCUAACCCUUCCCCAACUUAUAAUAAUCCGUAAAUAAUUAGAUUGAGGAUAAAAUUCGUUGAUUCAGGGCAUGGUUCAGGAAUUAUUACC